CCGGCGCCGGCAGCAUGGAGCUGAAGAGAGGGAAGACUUUCAUCAAAUCCAGCCUGCACGCCUCCCAGGAGAAGCCCCCAGGUGCCGCGGCCCCCACCCCUGCCAGGGACCACCUGGGCGCCUGCUCAGUCUCACCGGGAGGGCAGCAGCAGGCCCCUGGUGAGGGGGGGCCCCAAGCCGCUUCCAGCACCCAUGGGUGUCCCCGAGGCUCCAGCAAGGGGACACAGCCAGACCCCGAGGGGGGCGCCCCCUUCAAGCUGGUGUGGAAAAGCAAGACCCAGGACAGUGCCCCGGGCGCCGGCAGGACGGCCGCGGCAGCAGGGCACCUGGUGGGCAGCGCCAGCUUCCCGGGGCCCUCGGGCGGCCAGCGCAUGAUCGAUUACCGCCACUCCGUGCCGCAGGCGCCCUUCGUGCCAGCCGUGGCCAAGAGCCUCCCCAGGAAGAGGAUCUCCCUGAAGAGGCCCAAGAAGUGCUUUCGGAACCUGUUCCACCUCCGCAGGAACAAGCCGGAGAACCCGGCCUCGCUGGGGAGCGCGGAGAAGGGCCUGCCCUCCCCCAGGAGCCCGCCGGAGGCCCGAGGGCGGCGGGGCCAGGCCUUCGCCGCCUGGGGUGAGGGCCUGGGGCUGGACGGGCCGGACGGCCUGUGCCCGGACCUGUCAGACGGCGAGGUCCUGCCGGAGGCGCCUUCCGAGCUCUGCAGGGCCCUGUGUGAGGACGUGGCCUCGCUCAAGAGCUUCGACUCCCUCACCGGCUGCGGGGAGAUCUUCGCGGACGAGAGCUCGCUGCCGCCGCUCAUCCUGGACGCGGGUCUGCCCGGCGCGGCCCGGGCACCCCAGGCUCCGGACGGCAAGGCGCCCAGGGGCCCCAACCAGGACCAGCUGCGGUCGCCGGCCCAGAACGAGGUGUCGGACUUGGCGCAGUUCUGGGACAGCGUGAACCACUGCGUGUGGCAGCAGCGGCGAGCCCUGCUGGGCCCGCGGCCCGAGGGUCCUCCGGGGACAGGCCUGGCCCAGCUCCCUCUGUGGCCCUGCAGGGACCCCCUCAGCAGCUCCAAGGCCAGCCCCACAGACACGGGCACCCCCAAGAGUGAGCAGCCGGAGUCACUGUCCACAAGUGACGAGGGCUACUACGACGCCUUCUCCCCAAGCCUGGAGGACAGGCGGGGGGCCCCGAGCCCCGGCACCCCCACCGCCUGCUUCCCCCGGGACAGCCACAGCGGGGACGCCCUCUAUGAGCUCUUCUGUGACCCCAGCGAGGGCCCUGUCGGCCCGGACGACGGCGACCUGUGCCUGUCGGAGAGUCUGUCGGGGCCGGCCCUGGGGGCGCCCCUGUCCAUGUGCAGCUUCCACGUCGGGGCCGACGAGAACCUGGCCCCGGGGCCGGGCCCGGACCUGCUCAGCCAGGGCUUCUCGCAGAGCUCCUGGAAGGGCAAGGAGUGCCUGCUGAAGCUCUGCGACACGGAGCUCGCCAUCACCAUGGGCAUCGUCAACUGGCUGCGCCGCGGCCCCGAGCUCCGGGCCGCACCUGCCCCUGCGCCCGGGGAGCCUGCGCCCCCGCUCCGGGGACCGGCCGGCUCCGAGAGGAAAGGCCCAAGUCCAGGGAAGCCGGACGGCGGGGUCGCCGAGGGCUCGGCACCAGGCAGGCGGGAGGAGCAGCAGCAGGUGCACUCCGACCCCACGGGCCUGCGCGCUGGGGAGAGAGAGGCAUCAGCAGUGGCCGUGCAGGGGCGCAGCCCCGGGCCCAGGGACCCGCCUGCGAGGUGUGCGCCGGUCCCCGGGGAAGCCGGUGCCCGAGGUUGCCAAGAAGGCUCCUUGUCUCCCUCAGGGUCUGCGGCCUCUGUGGGGACUGACGCUCCCGGCAAAGACAAGGUCAUCACGCCUCUCGCCUGGCCCCACUCUCAGGAGCCCCCCGGGCAUGCGGGGUGCCCCCACAAUUGGCGGAGGCCGGGUCUCAGGGGCAGCCCCCCGGAGACAGAGCCCACCCUGGUGGGCUGUGCGGCCCAGGUGGCCGCCCUGCAGAUCCACCGCAGGUCCGAGACCGGCACCGUGCAGCCCCCCGGGCAGGACACAAGCAGUGGGCUGUGCGGGUGGCCGAGGGCCGGGGACAGGCCCCUUCUGCAGCAGAACCGGCCUGACAGUCCUCCCGGAGGGGCCGCCACCCGUGGUCGGUCCUCUGCAACAGGCCCGCCCCACGGUCCACAGGCCCCCGAGUGCCCGGGCCUCGUCCUGGACCUGCGCCAGCCCCGGGUGCAGCCCCCCCAGGCCCCGGGCUCUGCACAGCAGCAGACCCUGUAG